CGUGACUACGUGUUCGGAUGACACAGGAAGCUGGAGGAGGCAGAGUGGAGUUUGUAGUUGUGAAUAAAGGGCGAGUUUGCGCUGAUUCUGUGCGGAUUCUGCGGGAAUAGCGGGGUUUCUGCGUGGACAGUGGCAAUAUGUUGCCCACCACCACGUAUUCCCCCCAGAACCAGGGCAAUGGCAGCCUGAAUUCGCGGGAUGCAGCACGGCACACAGCCAGUGCUAAGCGCUACAAAUACCUCCGCAGGCUUCUGCACUUCAAACAGAUGGACUUUGAGUUUGCAGUGUGGCAGAUGCUUUACCUGUUCACGUCACCGCAGAGAGUUUACCGCAACUUCCACUACCGGAAACAAACCAAAGACCAGUGGGCCCGGGAUGACCCUGCUUUCCUGGUGAUGCUCAGCAUCUGGCUCUGCGUGUCCACAGUGGGCUUUGGCCUGGUGCUGGAUAUGGGCUUUGUUGAGACACUGAAGUUGUUGCUGUGGGUGGUGUUCAUCGACUGCAUCGGAGUGGGGCUUCUCAUUUCUACACUCAUGUGGAUUAUCACUAAUAAAUACCUGAUGAAACACCGGAGUAAGGAUUAUGACGUGGAAUGGGGCUAUGCUUUUGAUGUCCAUCUAAAUGCUUUCUACCCUCUGUUGGUGAUUCUGCAUUUUCUGCAGCUGCUUUUCAUCAAUCAUAUUGUGGUCAUAAACUCAGAUGGGUUCAUAGGAUGUUUCGUAGGGAAUACAUUGUGGCUCAUUUCCAUUGGCUACUACAUAUACAUCACAUUCCUUGGCUACAGUGCACUGCCCUUCCUAAAGAACACAGUCAUCCUCCUCUACCCUUUCGCUCUGCUUGGACUUCUCUAUGUUCUCUCCAUCACCCUGGGCUGGAACUUCACUAAAGGUCUUUGCUGGUUCUACAAGUACAGAGUCCAGUAGAGGAUUAUCUGACACCGGUUUAAACGGACAUUAGUGGUUUCAGACUGGAUUCUGCACCUUUCAGAGACUGUGUGGACACUGCUCUCACUCCCUGGAUUUAAACGCUUUUGUAUACUUUGUAAAUAACAGUUUGACUGUGGAUAAAACAAAAAAAGAGAAAAGAAUGUGGGAAAUGUUUAUAAAGUGUUUUUGUUUUUGAUAUUCUUUAUCAUUUCUGAUAUUAAACAGAAAUGAUAAAGCUGAGCUCUUUUAGGUUGAAGUCAUAAUGGAUGUUAUGAUGAAUUUUCUUUGGGUGCAUUUUACUAUUCUCUGUCAGAACAAGUUCAAUAAACAGGUUUUUAUCGCACCACAUUGCUGAAGGAACAAAA